AGGAGCUAAGAGUAUCCAGCAUGCUGUCCCGACGCCUUGGCAAGCGCUCCCUUUUGGGAGCCCGGGUGUUGGGACCUAGUGCCACUGAAGUGCCAUCAGGGGCCAGCCUGCCUUUGGAGCCACAGAUAGAAGUGCCGGAAGGAGCCAUGCCCCCAUCCUCACUCACCUCUAAGGACCCUGUGUGCCAGGAGCAGCCCAAGGAUGUCCUCAAAGCUCUGGGUACCUCAGGCCACCCACAGGUGGCCUUUCAGCCUGGACAGAAGGUCUGUGUGUGGUAUGGGGGUCAGGAGUGCAAGGGCCUGGUGGAACAGCACAGCUGGGCCGAGGACAAGGUGACCGUCCAGCUGCUCGACCAGAAGUUACAGAUUUGUUGUAAAGUAGAAGAGGUGUGGCUCGCAGAGCUGCAGGGUGGUACCACACCCCAGGUGCCAGCCUCGGAACCCGGAGCCCAGGUGUCAGCCUACAGACCCGUGUCUAGGAACAUCGACGUCCCAAAGAGGAAGUCGGAUGCAGUGGAGAUGGAUGAGAUGAUGGCCGCCAUGGUGCUGACGUCUCUGUCUUGCAGUCCUGUUGUGCAGAGUCCUCCUGGGGCUGAGCCCAUCUUCUCUGUUUCUCGUGCAGCCAGCGGUGACCCAUGGAAGGAGAGCGGUGACAUUUCAGACAGUGGCAGCAGUGGGCACUGGAGCGGGAGCAGUGGCAGCUCCACUCCCUCACCCCCCCACCCGCAGGCCAGCCCCAAGUACCUAGGGGAUGCCUUUGGGUCUCCCCAAACUGAUCACGGCUUUGAGACUGAUCCUGACCCUUUCCUAUUAGAUGAACCAGCCCCACGAAAGAGGAAGAACUCUGUGAAGGUGAUGUACAAGUGCCUGUGGCCCAGCUGUGGCAAAGUUCUUCGUUCAAUUGUGGGCAUCAAACGCCACGUGAAAGCCCUCCACCUGGGGGAUACUGUCGACUCUGAUCAGUUCAAGCGGGAGGAAGACUUUUACUACACAGAGAUGCAGAUGAAAGAAGAAUCUGCUCUGGCUGUGGCUGCCCCCCCUGCCCCUGGGACACCUACGGGGGAGCCAGCGUCCACCUCCCGGGUGACCAGCCCGUCCCUUGCUGCUUUUUCAUUGCCUCCAGCCAAAGUCCAGUCGUCUGGCCCAGAACACCCUGGCCUGGAGUCUUCCCUUCCCUCAGUUGCACUCAGCAAGUCAGCUCCUGGCUCCUUCUGGCACAUUCAGGCUGACCAUGCAUACCAGGCUCUGCCAUCCUUCCAGAUUCCUGUUUCCCCCCACAUCUACACCAGCAUCAGCUGGGCUGCUGCCCCUACCACCACCUCAUCCCUCUCUCCGGUCCGGAGCCGCUCACUCAGCUUCAGCGAGCCCCAGCAGCCGCCACCCACAGUGAAGUCUCAUCUGAUUGUCACCUCCCCACCCCGUGCUCAGAGCAGCACCAGGAAAGCCCGUGGAGAGGCCAAGAAGUGCCGUAAGGUGUAUGGCAUCGAGCACCGGGACCAGUGGUGCACAGCCUGCCGGUGGAAGAAGGCCUGCCAGCGCUUCCUGGACUGAGCCUGCCUCCGCUAGCCCCGCUCCUCACCCUGCCUGGCAGCCAGGAGGCCUCCAGGCCUGCAGCCAUCAGCAGAACACAGGGAGAUGAUGUGGCAUGGAUGUGGGCAGCUGGGGCUCCAUUGGCUAAGAUAGAACACUUAAAAACACUUUCUCCCCCUUGUGGGAGUGUUUUAUUUUUUAAAAGCAAAAUCUAAAUGAAACUAUUUUUCCCCUUAAAAUAGGAGAGAGCCAAAAUUGACCAAGGGUAUUCUACAGCGAACCAGAGACCAAAGAGUUACCCCCAUCCCUACCCCAUCCCACCCGCUCUGGGACUACAUACGCAUCAAAAGUAGGACAGGAUGCCUUGCCUGUUUUUGUGCUGAGCUGGUGAAUCCUUUGCUCUUUCAGCUAUUCUAGAAUGGACUGUGAGCGGAAUGAAUUUCCUUUUUUUUUUUUUUUUUUUUUUAAAGAUAUGGGUUGACUUCUGUUGGAGCAGCUUCUGCAGACAGAAAAGAGACACCCUUUUAUGGUGGCAACUUUUGGAUCUGGGUCUUCUCCCCCCCCACCCCCAGAUGUUGGGUUGCAUGCCAAUAAACAUGUGGCUUCUUCUCAAGGCCUGUCUCAAAAAAGCUGAGCUAAAAAGGCUAGUAUGAAUUCAGCUUGAGAAGGUGGCCUCAACACUAUUCUGAGCAUCCUUCAGCUCUGAGAGGAAGUGUAGAGGGUCUCCAUAAAACUCUGCUCCCGCUGAGUGAAGUCCUUCCUGAGGCCCCUUCCCCCCAGAGUGUCACAGACAUGAGAAUGUCAGGUGGUCUUGUCUGAUGUGGAAGUCUUUGAUGAGGAAAACUUCUUUCCUUUGGGGUCUCUGGAAGAUCCUAGCAGACUUUGCCUCUGGGCCUGCUCAACAUGACUUCCAGGACCCAGCUGUUUUGGACUGACAUCCCAGGUGUCACAGGCUCAGGGAGUGACACCAGGCCACCUCCCCAGGGAGUAAGCAGCCUUGGCUUACGGAGAGUAGCCUGAUCACUGAGGCUCCGCUGGUGGUGUCACAGGAAAACAUCUACUUUUCAGUCUAAAGCACACUAAGUACCAUUCAUAGAAAACCUGUGAGUCUAAGAGACUGUGUGUAUGAAGUGAAGGGUGUAGUGGCAGCCUGGGCUGCUGAUGGAGGGGAAACACCAGUGUCUGGGUGUCUUUGGUAGGGUUGUAUUUUUAUAACACAGAGUUUUUGAUCAUAUAGGGACCCCACCAAGAGGCUCUCCUCUCCCCUUCUUAAUCCCGGUGUAGACUGAGUGUCCACUUCAACAAGGGGUUUUAAUCCCAGCCUUGGUUGGGAGCUUGCAAACGUAACUGAAUAUAACUUCCUCCAUUUGAAGCAGGCUUCCUGUGCCAUUGGUGCAGCAGACAGAACAGGAAGAGAGAAAAGACAGGAAUUGAUGAGAUGGUUUAAAAACUGAAGGAGUUGUGAUUUUGUUUGGUUCUUUAUUCCAUCUCUGUGCAGCCUCUCGAGCCUACAUUCAUUCCCUCUCCUCCCUGGUGGUGUUGGCCUCCUGCCUGCUGUCAUAUGUCCCCCUUUUGCUCCCUGCCCAUCCCGAUGCUUUCAUGUUGGUUCCUGACACAUGGUCUGGCUUUGGGUUUGAAGGGCAAGGGUGGCUUGUGAACACACCCAUCCAUCAGGCCUGCUUUGUCUUCAUCUCUAUCUCCCUGCUCCCCCAGCCCCGAGGGUUUGGAAUCUGACCGGGUGAAGGCACCACAGGCAUGCUUUUGAAACCAACAGGGCCUAGCCUGCUAACAGUUAGCUUGGGAAACUGUCCAGCCACAUUUCCGUUCUUCGGAGUUCUCAGAGUUACCUUCAGACGUGGUGCCAUGUUGGGAGCAGCCUCAGUGGGACUGCACUACACUCACUCCGUGCUGCAAGUCCAGGAAUACUGUCUGUAGCCACUGAAGUCUCAGGUACAAAGCCAAAGGGCUCUCUGGGAACCAAGGGUUGGAUCCAUGAUAAGCCUUUAUCAUGUUGCUGCUUCAGACGGUACUGCGAGCAAUGGCUGCCUUUGUCGGAGUGAGUGUAUAGCUUGACACCUUAGAGGACCCUAUGAAAUUGGAUAUGGAAACUGACUUGGUGGGAAAAAAAAAUUGUUACUUUCUGGUCACCCCAGGUUCUGACUUUACCAGGGGCAAAAAACAACACAAAAAGGGAGACUCCCAUCUGUGAAUUUGUCUUUUCAGCGCUUCUCCCCCACGACCCCCCCGCUGUCUUCCAAGUAUUAUUUUUACUGUUAAGAUUUUUUUUUAAAUGUGAAAUGAAAUGUAAUGUUUUUACAGCAAUGAUAUGAAAUAUAUUUUAUAAGGAAUAAAAUGGUACAUUGUCUGACUUAG